UUUAGCCUUAUUUAAGAAGCGGCCAAGAGAGGGAGCAAAGCAAAGGGUGAGUGGUUAGUGCGGAGUGAAGGGAGAGAGAGAUGAGUUCCGGGGCUGUUGUCUUCUUCUUCUUUGCUUUGUUAUCUUUCUCAGGGAUCUGUCUCAGGUCUGCUUCUGCAGAUAAUGAGGAAGAAGACCCAGGUCUGGUUAUGAACUUCUACAAGGAUACAUGUCCUCAGGCUGAAGAUGUUAUCAGAGAGCAGGUCAGGCUUCUGUAUAAGCGCCACAAGAACACUGCAUUCUCAUGGCUCAGAAACAUCUUCCAUGACUGUGCUGUUCAGUCAUGUGAUGCUUCUCUUCUGCUGGACUCAACAAGGAGGUCCUUGUCUGAGAAGGAGACAGACAGGAGCUUUGGGCUCAGGAACUUCAGAUACCUUGACACCAUCAAAGAGGCUGUGGAGAGGGAGUGCCCUGGAGUUGUUUCCUGUGCUGAUAUCCUUGUGUUGUCUGCUAGGGAUGGCAUUGUCUCGCUAGGAGGCCCUCACAUCCCUCUUAAAACUGGAAGAAGAGAUGGUAGGAAGAGCAGAGCAGAGAUCCUUGAGGAAUACCUCCCAGAUCACAAUGAGAGCAUGUCUGUUGUCCUUGAUAGGUUUGCAGCCAUUGGCAUUGACACCCCUGGACUGGUUGCCCUUCUAGGAGCUCACAGUGUUGGUAGAACCCACUGUGUGAAGUUGGUUCACCGUUUGUACCCAGAGGUGGACCCUGUGCUGAACACAGAUCAUGUUGAGCACAUGCUCCACAAGUGCCCUGAUGCCAUCCCAGACCCAAAGGCUGUGCAGUAUGUGAGGAAUGACCGUGGCACACCCAUGAAGCUGGACAACAACUACUACAGGAACAUAUUGGACAACAAGGGCUUGUUGAUAGUGGACCACCAGCUAGCCACAGACAAGAGGACAAAGCCCUAUGUGAAGAAAAUGGCCAAGAGCCAAGACUACUUCUUUAAGGAGUUUGCAAGAGCCAUCACCAUUCUCUCUGAGAACAAUCCUCUCACUGGCACAAAGGGUGAGAUCAGAAAGCAGUGCAGUGUUGCUAACAAGCACCACUAGAAGCUUUGCUGCAAGCCAAGAGUGGGGACAACAAAAUAAUAUGGUCUUUUAUGGAUAUGGGGUUGGGUUUGCUUUUGCUGGGUGGUGGCUAGUUCUUGUGAGAGGUAUGAAGAUGGUAGUGACCAUGUUGGUUAAAUGCACUGUUUUUACUUUUUAUCUAGCUUUCUCCUUUUUUUCUUUUUGUGAGGUUGGUAUUUAGUUACUGGGUAUGGUGAAGGUUGGGAUGCAUGUAUGUAUGAGGAUGGUGGUGAUGGUGUAUGAUGCAUGGGUUACAAUGGCGUUAUGGUAAUAGUCUUUGAUGAUUCAUGCA